ACUUUUACUGUGCAACUGCAAGGUAACAAAUCUCUAAAACCCUGCUAUUUAUGCGUGUAUAUAUAAAGAGAGAGAGAGCCCCCAGGCACUGACGAAGCUAAACUCUAAGUCAGCUCCGGUGAUGACCAAAGCCUCUCUCCGUCGGCUUCACUUUGCCGGUUAAUAUCAUCAACCUCGAUUGGAAAUAGUGCCUUUGUUGUAUUUUUAGUUUAUGAAGUGGGAAAAUUCGUUUUAGCAGCAUAUUAUUUUUCUCACUAUGGAUUUGAAAUUUAAAGGUAGAGCCUUGGUUGGGAGCAUAUACCAUAAAUUUGAGGCUAUGUGCCUAGAGGUUGAUGAUUUUGUGAACCAGGACACAGUUAAAUAUGUGGAAAAUCAGGUGCAGACGGUUGGAGAAAGUAUGAAAAGGUUUUGUUCUGAUGUUGUGCAAGAAUUACUUCCUCCUUUGGUGGAUCCUGUUAAACAUGAAACUCAAGCAGUGACUCCAAAACAAGAUGAUGCUAUUGGGAACUAUAUUAGGUCAAUGAUAGGUAUUGAAGAAGAUCAUGUCAUUGAUAUAAAGAAGUCAUAUUUCGAGCCAGAUCCUGUUGAUCCUUCAAAGCAAGUUCUCCCUCUACCUUCUGCAGAUACCAUCCGAGAAGCAGAUUCUGACUUUUCUUUGGGGCAAGAAGAUGAGACUUUGAUAGAUAGGCACUUAUAUAUGGGUGUUGAAGAAAAUGUUGCAAAGGGGGAACUAUCUCUGUCUGAUGACCUGGACUUUAUUUCUCCUGAGAAUAAAGAUUUGUCUGAACCCUCAUUAUUUAGUGAAUCCGUUGAAGAAAAAUAUAUAAAUGGGUUUCUGCUUGAGGUUUCACCUCAAAAUACUGUUCAUGGUGAAGUGCUUAUAUCUGACAAGAAAGAGGGAACAGUUCAUAAUAGCUUUUCAGAUGAACUUGAGGUUGUUUCUGAUGUUUCAAGCACUCCCCCAUCUUCUGGAUUGCCCAUUGCAGUUGUUUCUGGUGAGAAUAAAAUUGAAGAGACAGGACUUAUUUCUUCCAGCAGUUCCUUAUCAAAAGAAUCUUAUAGUCUGUCAGAAUUUUCACAUGCAAAUUUCCCACAAACAGGAGAGAAUAAUCCUGUAGUUUCAAUUGAAUGUGUAUCUGAUCUCUCCAACGAUCAUUCUCCUUUUGAGUCAUUUCCGAUUGUAUCCUAUGAUAACAAGGUUGAGGAUAUGGGAUUUGCUUUCUCCAGCAGUUUCCUGUCAUUGGAGCCAAAUGAUGCAAACACCUCCAGAACUGAUGAGGUAGUCUCCCUGGUUGGAUCAUCUGGAAAUAGGUCUGAGCAUGAAUGCGCUCAAUUGGAGGCUUUUAUGUCUUCCUUUCAUAUUGGAUGUCAUGGCAAUGCACAAGGAGAGGCAGAUGACUUCAGGGUUGAUAUUGCUGACCCUAGCAUGGAAACCAUCGAAUUGUCUGAUAAGGUGAAGCUUGAUGAGAGUUGUGUCAUUGUGGACGAUAAAUUACUCUUUGAAGUCUCCAGUAGAGCAAAUAAAUCAAGAUCGUACAAGAAAAUGAUACAGGAUGCUUUUACUUCGAAAAAGAGGUUAAGAAAGGAGUAUGAGCAGCUGCCGAUUUGGUAUGGAGAUGUUGAUAUAGAUUUCAGCCAGCACUCAGGGCAAAAUGUUUUACCCUCUAUCGCGAGCAUGUCCUUGAACUCAAAGAAAUCACCAACUCAUGAUUUAUGUGACUCUGAAUGGGAGAUUCUGUAGAGUGUACUGCCCUCUGUAAAUAAUAAUGCAACUGAACCGGUCGGCAGCCUCCCUCUAUCCUGUGCUGAUGAAUUUGAUGAAGAUGAAGCUGCUCAGUGUUAAUAAUUAUGUCUGAAUUUCCCUUCCCGGUGAAAAAAAGGAUAAAAAUAAAACAGUGAGGUAGUUCAAAUGAUCAAGUGCAUUAAUUUAUCUGUUUCAAGAGAUGGAAUGGUAUUUGUCUAUGACAAUUUAAAGUUCUUAAUAAAUACUGUAGCUGAAUCAAUAGGCAUCAUUGCACUUCCUGCUUUGAUGCUUGUUUAGUGCUUUCCCCCAACUUGGUUAA